GGCGCACCUGUGACAAUCGCGAUCGUCGUUCGGGAUAGCUGUAUGUACAUACAUCUAGAUAGAUUCGCGGGCACGAUAGAGGAAUUUAAUGGAGAUUGAUCUGUCAGCGAGUUGAAAUCACUCUUUCGAGUUUGACGUAUCGAUUUUACAUUCGAAUUUUCCGAAUGAUUUCUUUCUCUUUAAAGAAGGUGUCACACGAGUUUCAACAGCUGAACUAACGGAAUUAAUUUAUGCGGAGAACGUCUUUGGCCGUGAAGUUCCCCACUCAAACCUCAGGAGUGGACCUUCGUUCAUCGAUACCGAAAAAAAUUUAUUCAUUUUUUCUACUUUGCUAAAUCAUCUUUCAUUUGGAAAAAUCAUCUCGAAAUUAACUCUGCUCGAAAAAAGACAUUUGAUCAUUUUGAGACGCUCUAAGUAAUAUUUUAUAAUAAUUAUGAUGAUCAGUGAUCAACUCGGGGCCGAUGAUACUCUAGAUCCAUCACCAUCGCAAUUGGUGAACACAAAACCGGUCAGUUAGUCUGUGUAUAGAAUUGGUAGAGGAAGUGCAGAGAAUGUGUUUGCCUUGCGAGAGAACUCUAGGAAGAAUUCGAUCGUUCUGCUUCAGUAACAUUUCUACGAGUAUAAAGUAUAAACGCGAAGUGAUUAUAUAUUUAUGAAUAAAUCGCGUCUCGAUUAUGUCGAGGCAACAGAAACGUGCAUUUUUCCGAUUAUUUCAAAUUGUCGUCUGCCUCGGCGUUAUCUUGUCGACGUUAAAAUUGUUUAUUAUCACUAUCGGAGAUGAAGAUAAACCUCUUCCCGCCGCCGAUGAGUUGAGAAAGCUGUUGAUCAAAGCUGAGAUGGACAACACACGACGAUUGUUGAACGUCGAAAGAGUAUGCAAGAAGUACAAUUUGGGCUCCUAUCGAAAGCUCGCCGAGGAUUCGUCGUUCAAACAUCCGCCUGCGCCACAGUACACCGUCUUCUACAUGGACAGGGUACACAACAUAUCCUACUGCCCGGUGUACAAAGCCGGCACCACGACCUGGCUCUACAAUCUCUGCCUAUUGAUGAACGUGCCUUCGGAGACGUUGGAUAACGGCAAGGAACAAUUGUCGACUGUCGCUAGAAGGGCGAUGCCGGAACUCGAGUACCCCGAGGCUGAACGGGUCCUAAAUGCGACCAGAAGACUCCUGGUCGUCCGACAUCCCUUCGAGAGGCUGUUGAGCGCCUAUCGCGACAAACUCGAGAACUCCGUCGCCGGCCGGGAGCACGGAACAUUGCACUUUUAUCGCAAGCACGGAGCCAAGAUCGUGCGGAAGUAUCGCAAGGAAAAUUUCACGGAACCACGACCAGAUCAAGUGAUCCGACGUGAUAAUGUUCCACCUCCAGCAGGUGUGGAACCGACCUUUCGAGAGUUUGUCGAUUACAUGAUCGAUACUGAUCUAGGAAGUUAUGGCGAUGAUCACUGGAUGCCGUAUUAUCUUUAUUGCACUCCCUGCCUCGUCAAGUAUGACAUUAUCGCGAAUGUGGAAUCGCUGUGGCGAGAUCAAGUGUACGCGAUCAAUAAGUUGGGAUUGCAGGACAAGAUUAAGCCUAGAUGGAGGCAUAGUAAUGGUCACGUCAACGCUUCCAGGAUAUACUUCCGUCAAUUAAACGGAGCGACUGUGCGAAAGCUUUACGAGAAGCUAAGACUGGACUUCGAGCUUUUCGAUUACUCGCCCGAUAUUUAUUACGAGUACGCCACGUCCACGGAUUAAUUCAAAGUCCGAUCGAAUGUAAAUCGAGGUCACACAUCUCCGCGCGAAGCUCUGCACUAUAGCGUCUAGCGAUCUAUCUGUAUGACGUAAUUUUCUAAUAACGACACAUAAAGUGCCGCGAUAUGAUGCUUGAUAUGAAAACAAGUUCUUCGUGUAUAUGAGAUUAAAAAAAAGAGGAAGAAAAAGAUACGUUAAGGGUCUGUGUACGCGCGCACACGUAACCCCGAUAAUUGAUGGAGCUUAAAUCACGUUACGUCACGCGACGAAACUUUUGUCGACGAGAAUCGAUCGACCUACUUCUCACCCGUGUACUAAUGUAUCGGACCGGCGACCUGUCCUAAAGUCAAGGGUCCCCCGAAUGAGCAUGUUAAUCCUCGCCGCGAGUCCCAGAAGCCGAGCGUUACCCUGCCCUGGCGGAAAUGAUACCAAAUUUUCGCGUAAAAAAGACAUCAAUGUCUUUGAGAUACAUUAAUAAAUACGGAUAUGAUAUAUUUAGUUAUAUAUUUGCACUUUAUAUUAGUGCUAUCAUAAUUCGAAAAUUAAUUUAC